AUGCUAUUAUUACAAAAUAUUUAUUUAAAUAAAUUUUUAAUAUUUUCUUCUAUAAUUUAUUUAAUUUAUUUAAAUAAUUGUGUUUAUUCAAUUUUUGAAUGUGCCCCAUCCGAAACAGCAACUUUUGUCAGAAUUUCUCGUGCUCGUUUAGACGGAACACCUUUAGUUGUUUCUACUGCAGGGCACGAUUUAACUUGUUCUCAAUAUUGCCGAAAUAAUAUAGAACCGACAACUGGCGCUCAAAGAUUAUGUGCUUCUUUUAAUUUUGAUGGAAGGGAAACUUGCUAUUUUUUUGAUGAUGCUGCUGCGUAAGAAAUUAAAAAUUGGAAAUAAUUUGGAGAGAUUUGGAAAGGGUUGAGGGGAAAGGGUUGUCGAGGGUUUGGAACCGAACCGUAGAACCGAGAAUUUUUUGGUUGGGUUCUUCGGUUCGGUUACGAAAAUCAGAGGGUUUUCCAAGAAGCGACAACCCCUAGUUGU